AUGCGAGGGCCUUCCGAUAACAUCGAACCAAGUCCAGGGCCUUCCCAUCAAUUUGAACUAAUUCCAGGGCCUUUCCAUCAAAUUGAACUCAUUCCAGGGCCUUCUCAUCAAAUUGAACCAACUCCAGGGCCUUCCCAUCAAAUUGAACCAAUUUCAGGGCCUUCCAACACACCAACUUCUUUCCAAGAGAUUUUGGUGAGUCUGUUAGAAAACAAACAAAAGCAAAAUGAGAGUUUACAGCCAAGGAGAAAAAGAAUUUGUACCGGCACCGAAAUUCUCACAGCCGAAGAUUAUUUUAAAGGCAAAGAGAAGGAGGAAGAAGAGAGAAGACUGAAUGAAAGCAAGAAAAAAAAAACCAAAGAAAGCAUGAAAGUAAAAAAGGAGAAAAGUAGUGAGUCAUCAUCAAAUACAUCUUUGGAAAAAGAAGGACAGGAAAACUAUGUUGAUCAAGAGUUCGAUCUGAUUGACGAUGAGCUUCCAUCUCUGGAAGAUGAAGAACGUCUAGAUGAAAACAGUGCUCCAUUAGAAUUGGAGGAAAUCGAAAAAGCACCAGGGUUACGUGAAAAAAAUAGAUCGCAAGAGAUACAAACAGAAAAUGUAUUGGAAGACGAAAUAGAUUACAAUCACAUGGAUGUAGAAAUCUCUGAUUUCGUUCUUUGUAAUUUUAUUUAUAAUGAAGGAAUAAAAAAAAAAAACACAAAAAGAAUAAUUUGUAUGUAA